AUGAAAUUCACAAAAUCAGUACCCCUAGGGGCUCUUAUACUCUAUACAACCACCGGCGUCUUCGCUAUCGCAACCAAAGGUUUUCCCCCGGCGCCGGAUUUUCAGGUUUCCAACGUAGAAAACCUACCCUCGCAGAUGCUGAAUGUUCGUGGCAUUGUUGAUGUGCAUAUUAUGGCUCCGACUGCGGCCCCGCUGCACUUAAUGGCAGAGAGAGACGAGGGCGUCUCGACCGUGACGAGCACCACCAGGCGCACAACCACAAUCACUAUGCAGCCUACAGUGACUGUUGAGCUUGCUGAAAAGAAGAGUUGGGGUGUUCGUAGCGCGGUGUUGAAUACGAUAAGGGGCAGUCAAGAGAACCUAAGGGUGCUUCGUUUGAUUGGUAGGGCUUUGUCUCAACAGUUUCUGACAGAAAGGGCGUUAGCUAUGAAAACAACGAUACUCAAGCACGUCAAUGCAGAAGUACUUGAGUAUCUGGUCAAUCCAAUAUUACCCCUGGACAAAUAUUGA